ACGGUAAGCGCGUGGCUCCCGGCGUGUGGAGUGGGCUGCGCUAUAUAGGAGGCGUCAAAUGGGUAGCAAAGGGAGAGACUCUAGAAGCUGCUUGCCUGUCGCCAUGAAGCUGUUGCUGUUCGCCACGCUGGUCGCCGGGCUUCACGCCGCCAAUCUGGGUCCCUACGCCGACCCGCGCUACGUGAACAACUAUGACCAGCUUCUGAACUUCAACUGCCCUUCCCACCAGAGCAUCUCGCAAGUGCAGAGUAUUCACGACAACGGCAAGGAAGACCGGAUUUGGGACUUCCGCUGCAAAGGAACCUUCGACACGAGCCGCACCGUCACCUGCACGCAGAGCAACUACGUCAACAACUUCGACGAGGCCUUCUCCUUCACCUGCCCUUUCCACUCGGCUCUGAAUGGCAUGGAGAGCUACCACGACAACGGCAAGGAGGACCGCAGGUGGAAGUAUAAUUGCUGCGCCCAGAGCAAUGUCUGCUUCAGCGAGUGCUUGUGGACUGACUACGUCAAUAACUGGGAUGAGCAGUUCAGCUGGACUGUCCCAGACUCCUACUUCUUAGCUGGUGUGUCCAGUUAUCACGACAAUGGCAAAGAGGAUCGUCGCUGGAAAUACCAUUUCUGCAAGAAGAUAUCUUGCUAAGUAUUUAGCAAAUGUGCCAACUGUGAUACCGUGUCUGCAAAAGACAAACCGCAUCAGAAUAAAUUCUUGACGAAUA